ACGUUUGGGGAUGAUUGGUCCGUUAUCGGGGGAAAAAAGCAAACAAAUCACCGCCGUUAAAUAACGGAUCGACGGCUGCAGCAUGGCCGUCGUCACAUCGUUCCUCCGCUGCACGACCGCCGCCGCGCUCGCACUCCACCACCACCACCACCAACCGGCCUUGCUCGCCGUCCGCCUCCGCUUCCCGCGCCACCGGAUCCCGACGAGCAGGGCCAUGUCGUCCUCGCCGGCCGCCGACGCCGCGCCCGCGCCCGCGCCGCACCAGGCCGGGCCGUGGUACGCGGUGCCGGACCUCAGCCUCCGCGGCCACCGCUUCGCCGUCCCGCUCGACCACUCCUCCCCCGGCUCCCCCUCCGCGCCACGCAUCACCGUCUUCGGCCGCGAGGUCGUCGCAGCUGGAAAAGAAGAGGCCCCUUUGCCUUACCUGGUGUACCUACAAGGGGGGCCUGGAUAUGAAAGUCCCCGCCCCACGGAAGCGAGUGGUUGGGUGAAGAAGGCAUGCGAAGAAUACCGUGUGUUAUUGCUAGAUCAGCGAGGAACAGGAUUGUCAACACCGUUGACAACAUCAUCUCUUUCUCAAAUAACAUCUGCAGCAGAGCAGGUGGAGUAUUUGAAGCAUUUCAGGGCAGACAACAUAGUUAAGGACGCAGAGUUUAUUCGUCGGCAUCUUGUACCAGAUGCCAAGCCUUGGACAAUUCUGGGACAGAGUUAUGGUGGAUUUUGUGCCGUUACAUAUUUGAGUUUUGCUCCAGAGGGCCUGAAAGCUGUCCUUUUAACUGGAGGGCUUCCACCACUAGGAAAGCCCUGCACUGCAGAAACUGUGUACAGAGCCUGCUUUAAGCAGGUUCAGCAGCAAAAUGAGAAGUACUAUAAGAGGUUUCCUCAAGAUAUACAGGUCGUUCAUGAAGUUGUAAGAUACUUAAGUGAAUCUGAAGGUGGAGGAGUUCUUCUUCCAUCAGGUGGCAGGUUAACCCCUAAGAUGCUGCAGUGCCUUGGACUAUGGGGUUUAGGUUUCAGUGGAGGAUUUGAAAGACUGCAUUAUCUACUCGAGAGAGUUUGGGAUCCUGUACUUGUUCCUGGUGCAAAAAAGAAUAUAAGCUAUUACUUCUUGAAAGAGUUUGACAUGUGGGUAGGUUUUGAUCAAAAUCCUCUUUAUGCUCUCUUACAUGAGUCUAUCUACUGUGAGGGAUCUUCAUCGAAAUGGUCAGCCGAUAAGAUUUUCAAUGAAAAUGGAAGUUUGUUUGACCCUGUUAAGGCUACAGAAGAAGGCCGUCCUGUGUAUCUUACAGGAGAGAUGGUGUUUCCCUGUUUUUUCGAUGAGAUCAAUGCUCUACGGCCCCUAAAGGAGGCUGCACACUUGUUAGCUGAGAAGGAGGACUGGCCUCCGUUGUAUGAUAUCAGCGUGUUGAACAACAACAAGGUCCCAGUGGCCGCCGCGGUGUACUACGAGGACAUGUACGUCAACUUCAACAUUGCCAAGGAGACGGCGUCCCAGAUCGCCGGGAUCCGGCUGUGGGUGACCAACGAGUACCCGCACUCUGGCCUUCGCGACGGCGGCCCCCACGUCUUCGAGCAUCUCAUGGGUCUCUUGAAGGGCAAGAGGCCUCUGUUUUAGCCUUUUAGCCAAUCCAUAACUAUGACAAUAAAGCCUUCAUUUUCUCCUAGUUGAGAAAUGAAUUACAAUAUACCCCUGGUUAAAUGUUUCUGAAUGUCUGCACAUACAUCCUGGGGCACAAAUUUUGGCGCUCCAGUCAUGCUUGCACGCUUAGAAUUGCGCUAUGUUAUGCACAUCUCGUUGGGAUCCUUCUGAAUUAAUGCUCCACUCAACCCGAAUAAAGAACUUCAGACAAA